UGUGCUGGUGUUGGUGUGUUCGUUUGUUGCCGUCAAAAUCGAUUCCACGUCAAGAAAGUGUUUACAUUCUGUAUUUUCUUUUUGCCGUAGCAAACGCCGGGCGCUUGAUAAAAUGGCUGUAUCGACCUCGGUUUCGCUAGUGCUGGCGUCGCUGUCGGCGGUGCUCAUCUUUUCGGGCAUGCAAAUGUAUCGGCCCCUGUUGGCCUCCUCCCAAAUGGCCACAAUCUUCGGUGGAUAUCUUGGCUCGUGGCUUUUUAUCCUUUCCCUCACGGCGGUAUCAAACCUGGAGGCGGCAGUGCUUGGCUACGGAUUUCAGGCCAAGUUCUUUCCGGAGGUUUCCUUCUGUCUCGGCAUCGCGCUGUUCGCCUGUGGAAUGGUGCAUCGUGUUUGUGUGACCUCUUGCAUAUUGUUCUCCGUCGCCGCCCUGUACUACGUAAAUAAAAUCUCGCACAAGGUACACAACGUAGCGGUACAGGUGGAUAGUUACGCCAGCAAGAAGAAGAAAAAGUGAAACUGUCCAUUUGGAGUUGGAGUGGUGGUGGUGGUGGUGUCCAUCAUGCGAGGGUCGCAAUGCAAUUUUGGAUUUUCAUCACUUAGCUGUAAGAACUAACAAACAUACUUCUACUUCUCUCUGCUAUUCGUCAGGUCAGUACUCACAACGGCAAAAUACUGAUGAAUAAAUUACAUUCUUAGGCGCUUGCUCUUAUGAUGGCAAGUGGUUUAAUUUAA